UCAUACACCAGACUGUUGUGACAACCUGGUCAACAAUCUCAUGUAACGACACUUCUCCGAUUUCACGUCACAGUCAUCGGAGAUCUGGCAUUGAUGGACUAUUUCAACAAUUUGUUUUGUAUCUAAUGCAUUGUCAGUUGGAAUGACCAGUUUCAGUCGAUAUUCAAGUUGUGCUGCCUUUUCUAUAGGUUCUAUAUUUAGUAUCGUGUGUAUAUAUAUAGUAUCAUGACAACAUGGGCAGCUCUAUUGUUUAUCGAGAACUACGAAACAGAAUCACACGUCGACAGACUCACGGAGUUGUACCUACAAAUCUGACAAGACAUUAACUCAUAACAGUGCUAACAGUGCUAACAGUGCUAACAGUGACACCACAGUACACACAGCAUGGCGUCAGCAGAAAUAGGGCCAUGUUCUCCUUCAACAGACAACAGACAGAUUACAGUGCAGUCGACGUUGUAUCGCAACACUGUGCACGCGUGGAAGGAGCUGUGUGAGAGGCAGAAGGUGGAGCGUGUGCCGCCCCUCGACCCCACCAGCCCAGUGCCCGCUGACUGUGUGAGGUUUGUGUGCAUCUCAGACACCCACAACCAGGUCGAGUGCGACCCGGGCCUCGUACCUCCGGGAGACGUUCUGCUCCAUGCUGGGGACUUCACAAUGAAUGGGGUUCCCGCUCAGAUUGACGAGUUCAACCACUUCCUGGGAAUUCUACCACAUAAGGUCAAGGUGGUCAUAGCAGGAAACCAUGACAUGACCCUUGAUGAAAACAAAGUACAGAACAGCAGGGAUGAACUCUGUUGGGACUUUUAUAUAACCCGCGAAGAAUAUGAAAAAUAUAUUCAGGACCACAACGUGAGUUCGUCUAAGGAGCUGUUGACGAAUUGUGUCUACCUAGAGGACAGCAGUGUAGACAUUUGUGGUAUCAAGGUCUAUGGAGCUCCAUGGGUGCCUCGGUUCUGCAGCAUGGGAUUUAACUUACCUCGAGGACAGCCGAUCCUUGACAAGUGGAACUUGAUCCCCUCGGAUACAGACAUCCUCAUAACUCACGGCCCCCCUCUAGGUCGAGGUGACCGGACUAUAGACAGGGCCAGAGCUGGAUGUCUAGAGUUGCUGAACACCAUCCAGCAACGAGUGAAACCAAAGUAUCAUGUCUUUGGCCACAUUCAUGAAGGUUAUGGACUGACUACCGAUGGGAUAACAACCUUCAUCAACGCCUCCAUGUGUACGUUACGUUACCGACCCACCAACCCUGCCAUUGUCAUCGACGUCCCUGUUGCCGAGGGCCACUCAAAGGAGGAGCUGUCUGCAGUGUUCACACCUACCUCACAUAGAACAUGAGGUUAACAACUGCUUAUGGACAUUCUGUCUGCACGUCAUAUGUCACUCUUACAUUCCCACUUACCUCCCUUUACUCACAAAAAAAGGUGUUUACGACAAUCAUGUAGCCAUUUCUGUAAUCAAAUUGUGUGGUUGAGGGCGAAUAUGAUCAAACAAGAACAGUAUAUGUAUACCACCAUCAGUAGCAAUAACUUGUUUAUCACUUUCACAACACUGGUGCUGUGAAGAGUUGUGUCCCUUUGCUACCAGGAUCCGCUGGUGGUGUUAGAAUCUCAUGACCCCGUCAGCAGAAUACAUGUGUCUUUAACUUUCACUGCAGUGGCGCUAUGCUACCAGGGUCUGCUGGGGAUGUUGAAUCUCAUUAUGACCCUGGCUUUAUCAGCAUCAUACGUGUGUUUAAGACUUUAACAGUGGUGCUGUACAGAGUUUUGUCCCUUUGCUGCCAGGAUCCGCUGCUGAUGUGUAAAUAUAAAUAAUUUAUCAUGUCUUUUAUGAAGUUUCAUCUCAAUUUUGACACAAUUUAUAACUUUCAUUGGUUUCACAUCUGACAUUCUUUGUGUCAAAUAAACUAAUUGGUGAUCAGGUUUAUGGAAUGUAUAUUUGAAUUCCUUGAAGGUCAUCAUCAAACAAAAUACCUCAUUUUGAUGUGAAAUAUAAGUGUUCAUCUUUGUGUAUCAUGGUACAUAUUGUAACAUUUCUUCUUGAACUGUGUAUUUUGGUAGUACUACAACCCGGGGCUUGUUACUAGGGCUGGGACGAGUCCAAAUUUACUACCCGGGUACCCGAGUUAUCCAUCCCUACUUGUUACAUCGGAACAAAUGAUUACAACCAAUAGCAAGCUGAUGUGAGGUUUAUACCUGUGGUGGAAUAUAUGAGUAUUAAAGUGAGAUCACGUUCACACUGAA